AUGCGCCGCUCGACUGUUGCUGCCCUACUCUCUGGACUCGCCCUCGCGAAGGCCGACGCUAAUGCCACUACAUCAGCAGUGAAUGCCUGUAACCAGAUCGCUCAGGCUGUAUCCUCCGCCUCCGCUGUCUUCUGGCCAGGGACCAUCCAGUACACCGAGGACGUCAGCCAUUGGGCUACAUCUAGCAAUGCUAUUGCUACGUGCUCUGUUGAACCAGGAACUGCAGAGGACGUAGGACAAAUUCUGCAAAUCCUCGGGAGCACCAACACUACCUUUGCCGUCAAGGGAGGUGGUCACGCUACCAACGCCGGUUUCUCCUCCACAACCGGCGUGCAGAUCGCGAUGUCCCGCUUCAGCGACGUCGUCUACAACAACGCAUCACAGACAGUCGACUACGGCAUGGGCCUCAUCUGGGACGAUGUUUAUGCUGCGCUUGAGCCGUACGGC